CGUCACGUGACACACCGUGAGGGAGGAGAACGGUUCCGGAAACUGUAGGUGCUGUCACCGGGUUACAGGUCUCACGGUGAGUAGCGGUAACGGCUCAGUACGUGUAGAUUUCUGCAGACUCGUUACCGGGGUGGAGAUAAUGGAUUCCCGCUUCAGCCGUGGAAAGUCUUCUAUUUUGGAGAGAUCACUGGCCAGGCCUAAGACUGAGGUUAGCCUCAGUGCAUUUUCUCUCCUUUUUUCAGAAAUAGUACAGUACUGCCAAAAUCGUGUGUAUUCCGUAUCUGAACUGCAGGCUAAAUUAUCUGAGCUUGGCCAGCAGGUUGGCUGUCGUAUCCUUGACCCAUUGGUGAUGCGGGAGAAAAAUGGCAAACGUGAAACCAAAGUGAUUAGUGCACUUCUUUUCAUAAAGGUUUCAGCUUGGAAAGCUCUUUUUGGUAAGGAAGCAGAUAAAUUGGAACAGGCUAACGAUGACGACAAGACCUACUACAUCAUUGAAAAAGACCCUCUCAUAAACACCUACAUAUCUGUACCAAAAGAAAAUAGCACACUUAACUGUGCGUCAUUUACAGCUGGCAUUGUAGAGUCCUUACUGACUUGCAGUGGGUUUCCUGCCAAAGUUACUGCACACUGGCACAAGGGAACAACCCUCAUGAUCAAAUUUGAUGAGUCUGUCAUUGCUAGAGACAAAGCACUAGAUGGUCGUUAAGUAUUGGCUUAACAAAGGAACAAGUAUGUAUAAUUUGUCCCGCCUCCGCCCCACCAGAAUGUUUACUAAAUCAUUUGUUGGAUAAGUUCUUUAUGGCUUGGAACUUUAGAGUUGAUGUUUUUACUGUCUGUGUCAAAAAUAUGCACUUGAUAUUUAGACAAAGCCAACUUCUGCACAGAGUGGAAAGUGGAACCAAUUUCACUAAAUGAAUGAAGAAACCAAGAAUAAAUGUAGACAAAGAAACAAAAAGCCUUGGAUACAUUGACUGAGUCAAGAAACAAAAAAUAUGAAAGUGAAAAAUACUGAGAUGUCAGCUAAAAAGUGAAAUAUCUAAAAUUAUAUGGAAAGUUAACACUUGUUUUGGGAGAAUUCUAUCGUUAGGGUUUGUAAAAAUUAUCUCUAGCUUCUAAAUACCAUAAUGUAUUUAUUUUUAACUCUUCAAUAAAUACCUGACAACUUUAA